AAAAAAAAAAAAUAUAUAUAUAUAUAUAUAUAAAUGAUUUUGAUAGAUACAGCAAUGUCCUUCUUGCCUUCAAACAGUAACAAGUCAGGUAGAAAAAAUGGGUCUGAAAUUUGGUAGUACAAGAGAGAUUUUCAUUUCUAAUUCUUCCUAUAAACAUUUCCCUCUGGUAUAAAUUAAUUUUGAGUUGUUAUAUUGACAAAAUAAAUGAUUUAACAUAUAUUGCUGGAUAACUUUAGUUCUAUAUAAAAUUUAUUUUAAAAUAAAAACAGCAGGCAUAAUAAAAAGUAAAAAAAAAAAAAAAAAAUUAAAAGUAAAGUGGGAUGAAUGGUUUACAGACAUGAGCUCUUUCCUGGAUGUUUCCCUUCUGAAAUUCUAUGAUUUUAUGAGCUAAGCUCUUAUGGGACUUCCUAAAAUAGGACAGAUUUCAACCAUGUUAAAGUAAAUGGAAUAAAAAAAGCCUUUACACCAAGCUUCUUUUCAUUCCUAUUUAAUUCUAUAUUUUUAGCAAGUUUUGAUAUCUACAGAAAAGACAGUAACCUUUGUUUAAAUACAAAUCCUUUUUCUUAGAAUAAUAUAUUACAUAUAUAACGUACGACUAAAUUUGCAGAUCCAAUGCCAAAUACUCUACGUAGGCAGUUUAACGAGGACUUCCUGUUACCAACUAGCUCCAGUGAAAAUGAUCUUCCUUUAAUCUAAAGAACAGGCAUCUAACAGGCAGAACCGGAUUCUCCAGGUGUGAAGUAAGCAAUCUAUUUUCACUUGCUAUUAACAGCAAAAGUACAACUUUAUCUCUUAUUUGACUUCAUUAUUUGGCUUUCAAUUAACAACAUGAAAACUAUACAGAAAUUAGCCUGUGCCCUAUAAGAUAGAGAUUUAGAUAAUUUGCUCAAAACAUUACAUGAGAUGUUCAGAUUUUCUCUCAAAGGCAGGACUCCAACACGGCAGGUGGAAAACCAACAAAAGGAAGAAGACAGAAAGGAGGAAAGGGAAGAUGAAAGACCGACUACAAGAACUAAAGCAGAGAACAAAGGAAAUUGAACUCUCUAGAGACAGUCAUGUACCAACUACAGAAACAGAGGAGCAAGGGGUGUUUCUGCAGCAAGCUGUUAUUUAUGAAAGAGAGCCUGUAGCUGAGAGACACCUACAUGAAAUCCAAAAACUACAGGAAAGUAUUAACAAUUUGGCAGACAAUGUUCAAAAAUUUGGGCAGCAGCAGCAAAGUCUGGUGGCUUCAAUGAGAAGGUUUAGUCUACUUAAGAGAGAGUCUACCAUUACAAAGGAGGUAAAAAUCCAGGCAGAAUACAUCAACAGAAGUUUGAAUGAUUUAGUUAAAGAAGUUAAAAAGUCAGAGGUUGAAAAUGGUCCAUCAUCAGUGGUCACAAGGAUACUUAAAUCUCAGCAUGCUUCAAUGUUCCGCCACUUUCAGCAAAUCAUGUUUACAUACAAUGAUACAAUAGCAGCAAAGCAAGAGAAGUGCAAGACAUUUAUUUUGCGUCAGCUUGAUGUUGCUGGAAAAGAGAUGUCUGAAGAAGAAGUAAAUGAUAUGCUUCAUCAAGGAAAAUGGGAAGUUUUUAAUGAAAGCUUACUUACAGAAAUCAAUAUCACUAAAGCACAACUUUCAGAAAUUGAACAGAGACACAAGGAACUUGUUAAUUUAGAGAACCAAAUAAAGGAUUUAAGGGAUCUUUUCAUUCAGAUAUCUCUUCUAGUGGAAGAGCAAGGAGAGAGCAUCAACAAUAUUGAAAUGACAGUGAAUAGUACAAAAGAGUAUGUUAAUAAUACUAAAGAGAAAUUUGGACUGGCUGUAAAAUACAAAAAAAGAAAUCCUUGCAGAGUACUGUGUUGUUGGUGCUGUCCAUGCUGUAGCUCAAAAUAAAGAAGCUAUUUUAAAACUUU